AGGAUCAAUUAGCAGUCAGCGCCUGUGAUUUAGCCAGCAUUAGGUCAGUGACUGUAAAUGGAUUAGAAAGUGCAGCAGCUCUGGGUGAAUGGCUUUUACAAGAUGACAAGAGGAAGAAUCUACAGAAUCAACAGGAAGAGGCAUCAAAAGAACCUUUCCAUUUAGACUGGGACGCAUUAGUCAGUAAUACAUCCUCUGUCUUUGCUGAGCGGACUGAAGUGUGGUCAAUAAUAUCCCUUGCUUCCUACUUAAAAACUGAGGCUUAUUCCAGGUUUAGAGUCAAUAAUAUGGUCCCCUGGAGGUGCGAUGGAUUAUACUCAAGGAAAAUCUCUUAGAUGUCUUGGAACGGCCGUGAUGUAGAACCAGACUUGGACUGAACUCUCAAAGGGUUCUGUGGUUUAGCUGGAUGAGGUAAUUGUGCAGGUGGAGGGCUGCAUCAUUAACAUGUUCUCCGUUGGCAGGUUGUGAAGCUGAGCUGGGCUGGCAAGUUCGAUAUUGUACGAUGGUUAAUGAGAGAGAAAUACUGACUGUCUGCAAAAGAUCUAUGCGGGUCAGGGGCUGGUUGGGUGUUACAUCUCAUGAAGUGACGUUAUGCACUGAGUGAGAACAACACAUUGGUUUGGGAUCAUUGAUUUGAACAAUUAAGUUAUAUUAGUUACUAUAACUGAAGAAGCGACAAUGUUCCUAAAUUGGAAGAAGCGUGGCGUUUACGAGCUGGAGGCCCUGCCGUCCCCACUCAGCCAAGCAGGAAUAGAGUGCUUCUCCUGGUCCUCCUCCCUGGACAUCAUCGGUGACCUCUACGAUGACAAACCCGUUCAAGAGGAAGAGUGGGUGAUGUGCCAGCAUCCAGAGUGUCCUGAGCGCCGGAGGGCAUCAAAGGUUUGCCACCAUCCAGACUGCCAAGAUCUGAAUAACAAGAGCCCUCUUCACCUGUGUGAGUCAUGCGACUCGCGUUCCCACUCAGAGAACCCAGAGAACAUGCUCUUUGACCGGCAUCCGCGAUUCGACUUACAACCUCAAGCCUCCAUCCUGGCUCGGAACGUGUCCACACGCUCCUGUCCCCCACGUACCAGCCCCCAAUCUGACCUAGAGGAAGAGGACGAGGGGAGCACUGAGCGUGGGGAGCGUAAAACGGGGGGGCUGAAGCUGGUUAAGAAGAAGCCACGGAGGCACACUGAUGACCCCAGUAAGGAGUGCUUCAGCCUCAAGUUUGACCUCAAUGUGGACAUAAACACAGAAAUUGUACCUGCUAUGAAAAAGAAAACACUGAGAGAGAUUCUAGCGCCUGUGUUUGAGAGGAACAGGAUUGAGCUGUCCCGGGUCGACCUGUUCCUGGAUCAGUCCAACACUCCCCUGUCCCUCGAGUUCGAAGCCUACCGUUUUGGCGGACACUACCUCAAGGUCAAAGCAAAACCAGGAGAUGAGCUAAAGGUGGAGCAGGGUGUGAAGGACUCCAGGUCACUCAGCCUGCCCAACAUGAAGCCCUCUGGGAACCAGAGUCCCUACAUCGUGACACCGUGCAGCGAGCGGGUGGAGCAUGGAUCCCUGGGACGCAAAGAGAGCAUAGAUCUGCUGGGUCAGGCGCGACGGAGGAAGAACAUGACAGAGUUCCUGGGGGAGACGAAUAUUCCAACCCCGGAUGCUCUGGGACAGAUCAGUGGCUCGCUGCCCAGCAUCGGAGCCGGUCCUGACAGAUGGAAGAACCGCGCUGCCAGCCGCUUCAGCGGCUUCUUCAGCUCCAACGCUGGAGCAGGGCCCUUUGGGAAGGAGGUGGACCGUCUGGAGCAGCUUCAGAGCAAGCUUCACUCCUACACGGUUUUCGGGUUCCCCAAAGUGCCACGGCAGCUCUCCUUCCACCAGGACUCCUGGGAGGAGGGGGAGGAGGGAACCAACCUGGUGCUGGAGGACAGCUGGCAGACUCUACUGGACAACUCAGAGACGUUAACAACGCGGCAGUCCAACCAGCAGGAGGCGAUAUGGGAGCUGUUCCACACGGAGGCCACAUACAUAAAGAAACUCAGAGUAAUCACAGAUCUGUUCCUCUGCCGGCUGCUGAACCUGCAGGAGAGUGGCCUGCUGAUGGAGGUGGAGCCCGCCAAGCUCUUCAGUAACAUCCAGGAGAUUGUCCGCCUUCAUACGUCCUUGUGGACCCAAGUCAUGUUGCCAGUGCUGGAAAAGGCCCGACAGGACCGGGCUUUGCUGGACCCGACUAAACUCCAUCACGGCUUCAUGACGUUCGGCUCCAGGUUCCAGCCGUACAUCCGUUACUGCAUGGAGGAGGAAGGCUGCAUGGAGUACAUGCGCACACUUCUUAGGGACAACGAGCUCUUCAGGACCUACAUAACGUGGGCAGAGACCCAUAAGCAGUGCAACCGUCUGAAGCUGGCUGAUAUGCUGGCAAAGCCUCACCAGCGACUGACCAAAUAUCCACUCCUGCUGAAGAGCAUUCUCAAGAAGACUGACGAGCCAUCGGCCCGCGACAUUGUCCUCAGCAUGGUGGCUACAGUGGAGGGCUUCAUCAACAGUGUGGACUCCCAGAUGCACCAGCGCCAGGAGCAACAGAAGCUGGCCACCAUUUCUGCUCGUAUAGAUUCAUAUGAGACCGUUGAGGGCAGCAGUGAAGAGGUGGAGAAGAUCCUCAAGGAGUACAACCGCUUUGAUCUUAUGGUUCCCAUGAGAGGAAUCUCACCAGAGGAGACUCGACAGCUGCAUCUGGAGGGAGCACUGAGGAUGAAAGAGGGCAAGGACAGCAGAAUGGAUGUCUACUGUUUCCUGUUCACUGAUCUGCUGCUAAUUACUAAGCCAGUCAAGAGGCUGGAGAAAGUCAAAAUCAUUCGGCAGCCUCUCCUCAUUCACAAUGUUGUCUGUAAGGAGCUCAAAGACCCUGGUUCAUUCAUCCUCAUCUACCUCAAUGAGUUUAGGAGUGCAGUGGCAGCAUACACUUUCCAGGCCAACAGCGCCUCCCAGGGGCGAAGCUGGAUAGAUGCAAUCUGCAAUGUCCAGAAUCAGCUCCAGAGGCUUCGCAAUGAAGAGGUGGUGCGGCAGCAGAACAGUCUGAAGACGUGUAUAGAGGGCGAGGAGGGAGACGAGAGCAGUAACUCCACUGCCAGUUCCCCAUGCAUGAGGCACAAAGAGCAGAUGAGCUCCAGCCAAUCAGAUGGUUCCACUGAGACCCUGUCAGUGAUGGACACUGAUGAACCAGCGCCUCCGACCCCCAUCCUGACUUUCAACGACACUACUAAGGCAGACUCCAGCUCUGACGUGUCCACAAUCUCUGAGCGAAAAGAACCCGACCAACAGUGUCGCUCUCUCUCCAUGGACAGCGCCUAUGGUACCCUCUCACCUGAGUCCUUACUGAGAGAUCUUCAAUCGCAGCCUGGCCAGAGUGAAGGAGAGGAGACAGAGGAGGACGAGGGAGAAGGGGAGGGCCUAGAGGCAGAGCAGGAGGAGGCAGACACAGAGGUGGUGGAGGAAGAGGAUGAGGAGGAGGAUGAAGAGGAGGAGGAGACUGCCUCCCUGGGGUCCCAGCUGUCUGUAAUUCAGUCCUGCUCUAAGCCCCGCAGGCGGCCUCACAUCCAGCCACGACUCCACUGCCUCCAAAGGUUGUCCACGUUAGCCUUAUCUCGCUCCGAGGACAACCUCCUGCAGCGCGUCCACGUUAAGACCCCAAUAUCCCACUCCCACUCACUGAACUCUGUGGAGCCGCAACGUAGAGACACGGACGUGUCGUCGCUGCCACACAGUAAGAGCCUCUCUGAGCUGGGCCUAAACUGUGUGGAGCUGGUCCCCGGCGACCUCCACCAGUCGGAUGACUGCUUGGGCGCGAGCGUGCCCUCAGACAAACACUCUGACAGCCCCAGGGGCGCGGAGGACCGGUACGGGGGAGCUGCAGGGCAGUGCGGGUCCCAGAGGAACACCUCAGAUGGGGAAACCGCUCCAUCUGCCUCCUCGGACAGGAAAAAGGAGUUAGCGCCUGCUGGAGAAUCAGGGGAACCGUGUCAAAGAAAGAAGAAAUCUCCAGCCCAGCAGCACAAGAAACUGACAGUAGCUCAGUUGUACAGGAUACGCACCACUCUGGUCUUAAACUCCACACUCACUGCAUCGGAGGUAUAACCAACUCCACGCAACUGGCUGAUUAGUGGCAUGUGGACAUUAUGAGGAACAACACUCGUGUGCGGAUAAACUGAAUUUCUUCACAUACCAAUGCACUCUUGCUCUCGUCGGACGCCCGCUCCCUUCAUGUCGCAUUUCUUCGGACAGCGACUCCAGUUUCACACAUGGACAAUAGCAAACCUUUUGUUUUGUUUCUUGCCAUUUCAUUGAGAGGGAGAGGGAGAGAGACUUCAACUGCUUGCACUUUGCAUAUGGAAGUAGCAUUAGGGGGGCUGGAACCUUAAGGUGGACUGGGGGGGUGCAGGGCAUGGACAUGCUGCCCCCUGCAGGUAGAGAAGACCCGAUGGAGGUAUUGGAACCCCAUCGCUGCAGUCUGCACUGGAGUGGAGGUUGUGCUGAAGCCUGAAACUUCUCCAUAAAAAGAAUAGCUUGAAAUUGCUCUCAGCGCAUGGAGAAAAUAAAGGAGCACCUCAGACGUCCUCCGGAUAUUUGUACUACUCAUGAUCUGCGUCUAAAAAUAUGAAAAAAUGAAAAUUGCACAGUUAUUCUUUUCAUGGUAUGUAGAUGACUCACUUUGUGGAGUGAAUUUACAUUUAUAGUCACAUGUUAAAUUUAUAGUGUGUGUGUGUGUGUGUGUGUGUGUGUGUGUGUGUGUGUGUGUGUGUGUGUGUGUGUGUGUGUGUGUGUGUGUGUGAGCUGUUGCUGGGAUGGGUGUGUUAAUGUACAUUGGUUUUUAAUACACAGUCCUUGAUUUUUGACUGAACCAAAGCCGUUUUCCAUCUCCUGUGAACACGCUAGCACCCAAAGACGAGUAGAUUCCAGACAGGGAUGAAACCACAGCUCCAUCACCACGGACAUGAACGUCUUUGUUACCGUUUUACUGAACUGAUGCUGUUCUUUAUGUGGCGCUAAUGAUAUUUCCUAAAGCGAUGACUGAAUGGGGUGCCUGAGGCCGUUUUGAGCAUUUCCCUUCACUCAUAUAUAAACUGUGUUCUGGCUUGAGCGUGCACUCACCCCAUAUAUCUUAAAUGUAUUAAAACAACAUACUGAGUGUGUAACAGAAACGGGGUCAUACGGAAAACACAAAGUGUUGCUCAGAGUCGGGCCCUGAGCUGUGUGUGUGUUUCUUUAUGAUACAAAGGUGGAUGUUCAUGUUAAUCUGCAUAGCUGACUUUAGAUGAACCACUUCUUCCAUGAGAUAAAUUAAAUUAACACUGAUGUUCAGUUUUUCACAGCAGUGAUGUAAAUGAUUCUUCCAAACUCUGGCCGAAACCAAAUAAGUUAACGCUGUUUACCUAUUGUUUAGUUUUUCUUUUUGUUUAUGUGUAAUAUUUAUUAUUCCGGCUAUGUUUUAUAUACAACGUGUUGUUUAUACUGUUUGCUUUUAUGAUUUUGUUUGCUUUUUUGUUUGUUGAUGUAGUCUUAAUUUUUAAUUUUUUUUCCAGGCAUGGGAUGUGCUAUGCUCCAAAAUCAUGUUUCCUAUUUCAGGAAUGACUUUAAUGUGUCUCACAGAUUAAAAAAAUGACUAAACAUU